AUGCACGAACCGAGCCAGCAUCCCUAUCAAAACUUCACCGUCAUGCUUCCGAAUUUGAUUGCUGCCGGGAAUGCGCAAAUAAAUGUCGCUCGUGCGUCACUUGUCGGAAAUCGCGUAUUCCUACCUACCUACCAACUUCAACCACCUACCAUGACACCAAUUCGCCCUGAAUCCCGGCAGAAAGCUGCCAGUCAGGAGGGCAAGAUCUUAUUAGCCCUUUCCGAUUUGAAAGAGGGACGCAUCAAUUCAAUUCGCACAGCAGCAAAGCUAUACGAGCUACCCUACACUACCCUUCAUGCGCGUACUGAAGGUCGAAUCUCACGCGUGGAUAAGCGCCCAACUGGCCAUAAAUUAACCCAAUUAGAAGAGGAUUCGCUUACUCAAUGGAUACUCUCUAUGGAUUCGCGUGGUGCAUCCCCUAGACCGGCUACUGUAGGAGAAAUGGCUAAUAUCCUACUGGCCGCGCGCGGUAAUCACCCUCCUCCUACCGUUGGCAAGAAUUGGCCGUCGUCCUUUAUUAAACGCCGCGAUGAGCUUCAAUCUCGUUUCUCUCGAAGAUACGACUACCAAAGAGCCCUAAACGAAGAUCCGAAAUCGAUUCGGCAGUGGUUCGCGACCGUACAGAGUGUGAUUAAUGAGAACGGUAUACAACCAGAGGAUAUCUACAACUUUGAUGAGACAGGCUUUGCAAUGGGCCUUAUAUCUUCGCAGAAAGUAGUCACAAGAGCUGAAUACUACGGUCGGAGAUCUCUUCUACAACCAGGAAAUCGUGAAUGGGUCACUACGAUCGAAGCAAUCUGCGCAGAUAGCUAUUCACUUCCGCCAUGUAUAAUCUUCAAAGGCAAAGUAGCUAUUGCAGGAUGGUUUAACGAAAACCUACCGAAAGACUGGCGAAUCGAAGUCUCAAAGAAUGGCUGGACUACCGAUGAGAUUGGUCUACGCUGGCUGGAAAAGCACUUUAUCCCACACACGAAUUCGCGCGUACGUGGGCGAUUUCGACUAUUGAUUCUUGAUGGCCAUGGUAGCCAUCUUACACCCCAAUUCGACCGAAUCUGCGCAGAAAACGAUAUUAUACCGCUUUGUAUGCCUGCGCAUUCAUCGCAUCUACUACAGCCACUAGAUGUUGGGUGUUUUGCAGUGCUAAAGCGCGCGUACGGUCGCUUCGUGAGCGAUCUUGCGCGCAGAAGAUAUAACUAUAUCGACAAGCACGAUUUCUUAGUGGAUUACCAGCACGCGCGGCUCGAAGCGUUCCAAUCAACCAAUCCUACUAUUAAAAAUAGCUUCGCAGCUAGUGGUCUAGUACCAUUAGACCCGGAGAGAGUACUUAACAAGCUUAAUAUCUCUCUACGAACUCCGACACCACCAAGCAGCCGGCCAAGUAGCAGAUCUAGCGAAUUCACACCACAAACGCCUAGAACCGCUGCUCAGCUAUUCAAGCAAGCUUCUAUGUUAAAAGAUCUACUAAAACGGCGGUCAAAUAGCCCUCCGAGCCCAUCAAAAGAGAUCCUAGACCAGAUGAUCAAGGGGUUCCAGCUAGCGCUACAUAGCGGUGCUUUACUAGCAGAGGAUAAUGCGAAUCUGCGUAUAGCGAGUGAGAAGAUGGUCAAGAAGCGCAAUCGGUCAACUAGGAGGAUACCUUGCGCAGAGGGUUUAACCAUUGAAGAGGCUAUACAGCUAGCUGAGCAGCUAAACCAGCCAGAGGAAGAUGAUGGGGUGAUCCGGACGGGCGGGUGA